AAACAUGAGCUAUUUAAGUAAUUAUUCCUCCUUCUUCUCAUUGCAUCAGCAACAAUUCGUCUUCGUGAUAAUACAUUUGGUCCAAAGCAGUCACAUACCGUGGGCGUCAUCGAGUAUCGUUCUAAUAAUUUUUGGAACGAGGUUUCUUAAAUUCGAUAUAUUACGCGACAUUCUCCUUGAAACGAUGCCAUGGGGCCUUCCAACAUUCCGAUACUAUUAGCCGCGUUGUUGACGUUUUGCCUUCUCCAGGCCCAAUUAUCCCACGCCACCGCAUUCAGCAACACCACGAAUUAUACCUCCGUAAAUUCUGUGAUAUUCGUUCCCGAAAAUCUGUCUCGUCGUACCGAAUACAACGUAACUUACUCAAUAUCGAGUGAAGGAUCGACGUCUCAGACAAAACAACAUGAUAACAACAAUACUUUGGUCAAGAUAACUGACAGCAGCGCCGAACAAAGCCACCAUUACGUCGACAAUACCGUACCUUCGUACACAAUUAGAAAUACCACCACGAUCCAGCAAGAACACGAGUCAAUAAGUAAACCUGGUGAAAUAAUGACUGCUAAUCAUCCGCAUUCCUCCAACCAAGGGAUUGGUAAAUACCCGGGUGAAGAAGAUGCUACCAAAAACACCCAAGACGAGGAGGAGGAUAAUGAUGAUGCCGUGACGAUAUCUAAUUCGGCUUAUUACCACGACCACAAAGAGGAAAGUGGAGAAGAAAAUAACAACAUGUUGAUGAUUGCCUCUACCAAUGUGAGUAGUGGUGAAAUUAAGGUCGGCAGUGGUGGUCCCCUCUACGCCGUCAAGUAUUCCAUCCCUGCCCAAAUUUCUAAUAAUGGGUGUGAAGCUGGAAAAACAUUCUCAAUUCGGGCGCAGCGUUGUAUUUCAACGAUACAAAAUACUGGGGGUAGUAUAGGCUAAUGACUUAAUCGAUUAAUUCUUAUAUUUGUACGUAGGUAACUGAUCUAAAAUUAUGACAUUUUUUCCGAGAAUUUCAUCCUAUAUUGUAUCAUUAUGUUCAAAUCAAUCUAAAAAUCAACAAAGUAAAAAUUUUAAUGGAAUCUCAUCGCGUUGUCCAGUCUUGACAUGCGAACAGGCUUCACGACAUGGAAAUUAAUCUUAUUAAACAUGAAACAAAUAAACUACUCAAAAACAUGCAAUUCUACAUAUUCAUCAUGUCAAUAUUUUUUCUGAAAUUCACGUUAAAUAAAAUGCUCAGUCCAGAAUUAAGAGGACUCAGUUGAUUAAAGA